AUGACGAUCCUGAUUGAGGGGAAGCUCGAGGACGAGAUAUCGGUCAUGACGUACCUCUGCGCUAAAGUUGUUGUGUGUUUCAGGUAUUCCGGACUCCCGUACACCACGGUCAAGAAUCAGGCGGAUAACGUGGCUAGCAUCGCCAACGAUCAGCCACCGCCUGCUAAUCAGCCUGGCACCAGCGAACAGCAUAGCACCAGCGCCUGCUAUUCAGCCUAG